GGAGUCGCUAAUCGCUGGGUUUUUUUUUUUUUGCAUUUAUGAACAAGAAUUGUAAAGACGACCUUCGGAUGGCCCUAACAAUCAAAACAAAAAUGGCAGCGUGCAGAAGUCGUCACUUGCUGCUGUUUGCUAAUCGAUUCCCGAUUGGAUUUCGCGGCGGGUUAACCUUCAAAGCUAAGCAGUUCCUUGCACUUUCAGCUCAAGAAACCAGGAAAGGUGCUGGAUUUUUAACUACUUCAAAAAUCAACUUUUUUAUAGUCCGACACUUGCUCAUUCAGACCCAAGAUACACCAAACCCCAGUAGUUUAAAAUUUCUUCCUGGACAGAAAGUUCUGGAAAAAGGAACUGUGGAUUUCAGAAGUGCAGAAGAAGCAGAGAACUCUGCCUUAGCAAGGGAACUGUUUCAAAUAGAAGGAGUGAAAAGUGUGUUCUUUGGACCAGAUUUCAUUACUGUGAAUAAGAUUGGUGAUGAGGUAGAUUGGAGGGAUCUCAAGCCACAGAUUUCUGAGGUCAUCACUACAUUUUUAGAAAGAGGAGAACCUGUUCUGACAGAAGUGCAACAUGCUGAAAACUCUCAUUCUGAAGAAGAUGAUGAAAUUGUUUCCAUGAUUAAGGAGCUGUUAGACACCAGAAUUCGGCCAACUGUUCAAGAAGAUGGUGGAGAUGUGAUUUUUAAAGGAUUUGAAGAUGGAGUAGUGAAGUUGAAAUUAGUGGGCUCUUGCACUGGAUGCCCAAGUUCAACAGUGACACUAAAAAAUGGAAUUGAGAACAUGUUACAGUUCUACAUUCCAGAAGUUGAGGAGGUUGAACAGGUUAUCGAAGAACUAGAUGAAAUUAAUAUGAAAGCAUUUACAAAACUGGAGAAGAAAAUUCAAGAAUCUUAAAACAUUAUCGUGAAGUAUCAGCUGACUGGUAGCUGAGUUUUGCUUACUGUUCUUUAUUAAAAUCCUGCUAUGUUUUGGUUUUAUACAUGAUUAGUUGAUAAUGCAGUUUAUUUUAAAUGUGCGUACUUUGUUCUUUUUUCUUUUAAUUCACUUGAAUGUCAAAAAUAUGCUAUACCGAAUACACCAUGAACAUGCGGUUUCUUUUUUCAAAACUGUAUAUAAUUGUUUUCAGUAUUUUUUAAGUAAAUUCUUUUUAAAUAUGGCAUUAUUUUAAUGACUUCUUUAACAUAUUUUUUUUUAGCUCAGCUCUGAAGUUUAAUAUUGCACAGCUAUUGUACUGCACACAUCUCUGUCACAUCUAGUGUUUUUAAACAGUGUAUUUUGUAGUUGUCCUAGCGAAAUACUAGAUUAGACAAAAUGACAUAAUUUACCCUGUAAAAUAUAGACAAUUAGGAAAAUAUGUUGAAUGUAUCACCAUAGUUUUUGCAUUUAAAAAAUGUUUAAUGUAUAUAUCCAUGAUUCGAGCAAAUGUUACUAUUGUAUUUUUAAAAAUAAACUCUAACUCCAACUCA